GAAACUAAAGAGAGAGAGAGCAGCUGGUGUUGAGUGUCUGCUCAAACCAGAAUCAAACCGACAACUUUAAACAUCUAUAUACGAUAUGUCAAGUAUCAGGAUGGCGAGUGUGAGCUGUGUGCUGUCUGAGGACCAGUUUCUCUGCUCCAUCUGUCUGGAGGUCUUCACUGAUCCAGUGACCACUCCCUGUGGUCACAGUUUCUGCUGCACCUGCAUCAACAAACACUGGGACAGCUCUGCGCACUGCCACUGCCCUGUCUGUAAAGAGAAGUUCAGCUCCAGACCAAUGUUAAAGACCAACACUUUUAUGUUAGACAUGGUGUCUGAGUUUAAAAGUAAACCAAGAGGUGAAGAGCUGAAUGCAGCAGAGUCAGGAGUCAUGUGUGACAUGUGCCCUGAUCCAAAGCUGCAGGCGCUGAAGUCCUGCCUCAUGUGUCAGACGUCCUACUGCCACCUCCACCUGCAGCCCCACCUCACAGUGCCCCGCCUACAGAAGCACCAGCUCAUCGCCGCGGUGACCGACCUGGAAGAGCGGAUCUGUACUGAGCAUGAUCGGCCUAUGGAGUUCUACUGCAGAGACCACUCUGAGAUUAUUUGUGUUGAGUGCAGUUACACAGAACACAGAGACCACAACAUGGUCCCACUGAAGGAGCAGUGUGAGGAGCAGCACAAACAUCUGCAGCAGCAGAUACAGGAGAGAAGAGAGAAAGUCCACGAAAUCCAGAGGUCCGUGGAGCUAAGUCAGAAGAACGCAGACAGAGAAAUGAAAGAGGGGAGGGAGUUCUUUAAUGACCUGAUGAAGUGUGUUCAACACAGUCUGGAUCAGUUUAAACUGAGCAUCAAAGAGAAGCAUGAGGAAAUAAAGGAAGAGGCAGAAGAGUUAAUAUUAGGUAUAAAGUCUGAAAUCUCUGCACUGGAGCAGAGACGAGCCGAGAUGGAAGUGAUCUUGAGUUCUGACGACCAUUUUCAGUUUGUCCAAACCUUUACUUCAGUCAAACCUGCUCCAGCGCUUCAGGACUGGACAGAGCAGUCUGUGAGGGCUCCAUCGUACAAGGGCAGAGUCGCCAAGGCUGUGUCUGAGCUACAAAACACAAAGCUCAUGCCAAAAAUAAAGGAACUUACAGAUAAUGUUUUUGUACAAGCAAAGAAGCAUCCAGUCAUUGUGACUCUAGAUCCAUCUACAGCUCAUCCAAACUUAUAUCUGUCUCAGGAUUACAAACAGGUGAAAUACUUGCAUCAAAAAAACAAUCUUCCUGACACCCCUGAGAGAUUUUCAACUUUGUUGUAUGUUUUAGGAAAACAAAAGUUUUCUUCUGGCAGGUUUUAUUUUGAAGUUCAAGUGACAGGAAAGACAUCUUGGUUUUUAGGAGUGACAGAGGAGUCAGUGAACAGAAAGGUAGACUCUGGGGACAUGACACUGAAAAAUGGAUAUGGGUACAUAUGUGGGAGGAAUCACAGUGUACCUCUGUGGUCUGCUGUGGAGAAGGUCGGGGUGUUUGUGGACUAUGGCCACGGUUUGAUCUGUUUUUUUGAUGCCGAAACUUCAGCUCUCAUCCACUGCAUCACUGACUGUCACUUCACUGAGAACGUCCUUCCGCUCUUCAGUCCUGGACAAAAUUACUUAGGCAACAACUCUGCUCCUCUGAUACUCACUCCUGUCCGUGUUUAGUGUCGUUUCAUAAAGACUAUUUCAAUGGCAUCUUGAAUAUUAUGCAUUAUUUACUUCUGUGCCAUAUUUAAAAAGAUUAUACAUUUGAUCAGAAAAAAAACAAAACAAAAAAAACAUUAUCUUUGACGAUAGCUUUAAUGUAUAAAUAGUGCACUCCUGAUGUUCUAUUGAAACAUACUGUAUAUUCCCAAAAGUAAAGGUGUAAUAUAGGUUUUGCUUUAGUCAAUGCGGUGGUUAAUGUGUAUGGGUAUUUAAAAUGCAAAAAUCAAACUAAACAGCCAAAUUCAAUGGCCUCCUUCCAGGCAUUUACAGCAUGAGGGUGCAGAAUACAGUGAAAUGCUGCAUUUGUCAGAAGGAAUAUGUUGUUUUGGGUCAUUGUAAAUAUGAAAAUAUGUGAUAUUGUAGAAAACAAAUCUUAAUUAAAAAAACAUCAACUUCCAAACACUGUGGGCAAAGUGUGGUCUCCAUGUGACAGCUAUGAGAAAUGCACUCCAGUAGGACUCGAUCCAAACCCAGAGCCUGAACCAGCGGAGAGCGGCUCUGAUUCAGGCCGAGCUCAGAUAAGUUUAAGAGGGGAGUGGUGUUAAGUGCCUCGGGAUGAGCAGCGCUUCUCCCCAAGAAGAACCAAGUGCACGGUGGGUUGAUGUGCCGCGAGUGGUCUCCAAAGUUAUGCAUGCGGCUGUUCUAUGCUUCAAUCUAUAGCGAAUGAAGAUACUGGAUGUGUUUUAAAGUUCAAAAAGCAAAGCCUCAACAAUAGUUAAGUAGCAAAUAUGCUUAUGAUUGCCAAACUACAGCAAUGAAACUGCAUUUUUGAGCUGCAGGUGCAGUUUGGCACCAAAUAUACAAACUAAUUUCGCCGUGAGGGCCAAUGUCUCCUGGAAUCAAUUUGUUGAUCAAAACCAAGUCUAAUGAAAAAAUUAAAAGCAACCAACAA